CGCGGGCAUUUUCCGCGUCCGGUGUGUCCACAGAAGCUACACGUAUACCGCCAUGAAGACCAGGGCGCAAUCCCUCUGGAGCAGCAGCUCCUCUUCCAUCGCAUCUCCCAGCAUCCAAGAGAAUGCUCUCACGCAAUCCGCGCCCGGUGGAACUGUCUUUACCGAAUCUCUCAAAGUGCAUGCCCAGAAACGGCGACGAUGGAUGUUAGCGGCCGCUGUCUAUGCCGGCAACUUCUGCGCUGCCAUGAGCUUCUCCCUGCAGGCACCCUUCUUCCCUAAACAGGCAGAACAAAAGGGCGCCACGCCAACGGAAUAUGGUCUCAUCUUCUCUUCAUUCUAUUUCACAAUUUUUCUCAUCGCACCCCUGUACGGCAAAUUGGUGGGACUUAUUUCUCCAAAGAACAUGAUGAUAGGAGGGCUUUUGGUUACCUGCUUUAGCGUUGCUUCAUUUGGGUUUGUGACCCUCGUUCCUGGACGCUACGCCUUCGUAGCGACUGCGUUUAUUAUUCGAAUCACGGAAGGAUUCGGUGCUGCGGCGUAUGUGACGGCCAGUUCAACCAUAGUGAUGACCGAGUUCCCUGACAACCUAGGAACUGUGAUGUCAUCACUAAAGACGGCUUUCAGCGUUGGCGUCAUCGUCGGGCCUAGCAUCGGCGGGGUCCUGUUUGAUCUGGGAGGCUUCUGCGUCCCGUUCAUUGUCUGCGCUGGUUUGGGCUUCUUAUGUAUGAUAGCGUCUAUCUUCGUCAUCCCUGAGAACGGUGAAAAAGCAACUGAGUCGAGUCGCAAUGCCAAACAUUUUUGGAGCGGUCCCAUGGUGUACCUCUUCGGAGCGGCCAUAUUCGGGGCUUAUGUCUGCGUCGGCUUCAACCAGGCCACACUGGAGCCGCAUCUUCGACAGUUCGGGCUGUCAACGUCAUUACUAGGCCUGCUGUUUAUGACGCAAGGCAUAAUGAACUGCGUGGCCGUGCCCGUCUGGGGACUGUUGUGCGACAGAAAGGUUAACACAACACUUCUCUCUGCCAUAGGCUGCGUAUUCGUCAGCAUCUACUUGACGUUUAUUGGCCCUGCGCCGUUUCUCCCUAUACCAACGAAGCUGUGGCUGGUAAUCGUGUCCUUAGCCUGCUUCGGUAUCGGACUUGGAGGGGCUUCCAUCUGUGCAUUCAUCGCCACCCUCCAGUACACGCUAAGUCGAGGCUUCGAACGUAACACGGCUACCAAUGGCCUUGUAUCAUCAAUGUUUACAAUCUGCCAGUCAAUGGGUGCGUUCACAGGUCCGGCCUUAGGGGGUGCCUUGUUGCAACACGUCGGCUACAAGUGGGGGACAGUAGUUUUUUUAAGUUUUCAAGUCAUUCUGGCAACAUUAUUGAUGGCAGUGUACAUUCGAAAAGACUGUUCUGGAGGAGAAAUCCCUACGAAACGCUUCGAAAACGUCGUCGAAGAUGACUGCACGACGAAGGACGAUCCCAGAUCUCAACAGCAACUGACUUGCUCUUACUCGUGUAAGAGUAGGGAGGUGGAGAUAUCGCAUAUAUACGGGACUUGCGCACUGAAGUGAAAUUGCAGACAAUUUCCACGAAGUCCCAAUAACCUCUAUGAGAUGAAGAAGGGACUACACAAAUUAUAUUUAUUCUAUUUCGUGUUUGAAAUGAACGCGCGCAAAACAUAAAUGCCGUCAGUGGACGCUACGCCGCAUCCAGGAAUUUUCGGAAGAACCCGCAAAACAAUUCAUAGUAUCGAACUCUCCAAUGGUAGCUGACGUCAACUAGAGCUCUGGCAACGCCAUCUAGACACAGAAGGCCAGCUUAGUGCCUUCUCUCACUCCUUCGCACAUAGACGUAUUCAGUCCACCAAUCGUAGCAGCCAACCAAGAUGUCAGCCAAUCACCGCAGAGGAUUUUGAAACACGGACUCUAUGGUUUCCAGUGACUUCCCAUGCGGCUGGCUUCCAUAGC